GCGGCAGAGAUGGAGGGAAGGCUGUCAAGGGCGGCCCUCGCUCUCAAGCCCUCGCCGAUCCAGGAGCUCUCCCUCCUCGCCCAGCGAUCGAACGCCAUCAACCUCGCUGAGGGAUUCCCGGAUUUCCCCGCCCCGCCGGAAUUGAAGCAGGCGGCCGUCGAUGCCAUCAACUCCGACUACAAUCAGUACAGGCAUGUCCAAGAAUUAUGUAAUUAUGUGGCUAGAAGAGCAAAAGAAAUCCAUUCCAUCGAUGCGGAUCCUCUCACUGAUAUUGCUAUCUGUUGUGGCCAGACAGAAGCAUUUGCAGCAACAAUAUUUGCAACAAUUAAUCAUGGUGAUGAGGUAUUGUUGUUUGAUCCUGCUUACGAAACUUAUGAAACCUGCAUAGCUCUGGCUGGUGGUGUUCCUAUUUAUGUCGAACUGGAUCCCCCUAUGUGGACUUUGGACAUAAAGAGAUUCAGAGAAUCAUUCACAUCACGCACAAAAGCUGUAGUUUUAAACAGUCCGCAUAAUCCUACAGGGAAGGUUUUCACCAUAGAUGAGAUGACUGCUAUUGCUGGUGCUUGCUGUGAUAUGGAUUGUCUAGCAAUAACAGAUGAAUUGCAGGUUUAUGAGCAUGUAACGUUUGACACAGAAAAACAUUUUUCACUUGCAACACUUCCAGGGAUGCAAAAUCGAACCAUCAUAACUUCGUCAUUGUCAAAAACAUUUAGUGUCACAGGUUGGAGGAUUGGCUGGGCGAUUGCUCCUGCAGUCAUUGCUUCUGCAAUAAAGAAUAUUCACGUCAAGCUUACCGAUUCAGCCCCUGCACCAUUUCAAGAGGCUGCCCUAACGGCUUUUAGAAGUCCUCCAGGAUUUUUUGAGGCCUUAAGAGCUGACUACCAAAAGAGAAGAGACUAUGCUGUUAAGAUGCUUGCCGAGGUUGGAUUCAAAGUCCACUUUAAGCCACGGGGUGCCUUUUUCAUUUUUGCAGAGCUUCCUGAGAAUUGUGUUCUUUCUGAUGUUGAGUUUGUGGCUAAACUGAUAAUGAGGGCCGGUGUAGCAGCUGUUCCUGGUUGUGGAUUUUUCCAUACUGGAUCUAGAAUCUGCAAUGGUGCCCAUUCCGAAUCCUCAUCAAUGAAAGAGUCGUUGGAAUCACAAAGAGAUCUCAGCUACAAGAAGAGGUAUGUUAGAUUUGCUUUUUGUAAGAGCAAAGCUACAUUAGAUGCAGCUGCUGGCAAAAUGAACGAACUUGUAAACAAGGAGGGUUGCUUGAACCUGGACUAGGCAUUUUCUGAAAGGUGUUUCAUGCUAAGAACUUCUCUUUGCCUGUAUUGUAACCGCGACGAAGUAGACACUUGUAUACCAAGGGGUUGUUUGAUCCACAGGCAGUGGCACGGGAUCAAUGAUUACAUGCACUGAAAUUGUGUUCUCAAUUUCAAAUAAUGAUCUUGUUAUUAUAUUAAA